AUGGACUUAGAACAACGGAUUAAAGCGUAUCGCUUCGUGGCCUAUUCUGCGGUCACCUUCUCUGUUGUGGCUGUCCUUUCUGUUUGUGUUACACUUCCCAUGGUCUACAACUAUGUCCAUCAUGUGAAGACAUCUAUGCACUCAGAAAUCAAUUACUGCAAAGGAUCAGCUAAGGACAUUUGGAGUGAAGUCAACAGCCUCAAAAAUAUUCCAUCUAACCGCACCGCUCGCCAAGCCGGCUACGGAGAUGCUGCAGUUUCUGCUGGAUCCUCUAGAAGUAGCACGGGAAAUGCUUGCGAGGCUUGCUGCCUUCCAGGUCCAGCCGGUCCCCCUGGAGCACCAGGAAAACCUGGACGUCCUGGUAAGCCAGGCGCACCUGGCCUUCCUGGAAAUCCAGGACGUCCACCUCAACAGCCAUGUGAGCCCAUAACGCCUCCACCGUGCAAACCCUGCGACCCAGGACCAAAUGGAGCACCCGGGGCCCCUGGGAACGACGCACCUCCUGGACAACCUGGACCAAAAGGGCCACCUGGGCCCAACGGAAAUCCUGGAGCUCCUGGCGCACCUGGAGAGCCAGGGGUGGAUGCAGUCUCAGAACCUCUUAUCCCAGGAGAGCCAGGUCCAGCAGGAGAACCAGGGCCACAAGGUCCUCCAGGAGCACCGGGUCAGCCAGGAGCAGAUGGUGCACCAGGGCAACCUGGACCAAAAGGACCACCAGGACCGGACGGAAAACCUGGAGCAGAUGGAAAUCCAGGGACGCCUGGACCAGCCGGACCACCAGGAAAUCCUGGAGAGCCAGGAAUUUGUCCCAAGUAUUGCGCAAUCGAUGGUGGAGUGUUCUUUGAAGACGGAACUCGACGUUAA